GGGAGCAUGCUCAGGAUGGGAACCGGCGUCCCCCCGCUCCCGCUGCCGCUGCUGCUGCUGCUGCUGCUCGGCGCGCCCGCCUCCCGCUGCGGGGGGAGCGGGGCGGCCCCCCCGCCGGAAGCGGGGCCCGGGGCCGGCGGCGGCGGCGGCGGCAGCCGGCGGCUGAAGAUCGGCAUCGUCUGCGCGCUGGGGGCGCUGGUGAUGGUGAGCAACGGGGCGGUGAUGGCGGUGAUCGCCUCGGCCGUGGCGGGCUGGAGCCGCCGCAGCCGCCUCACGCUGCUCUCGCUGGCGGCCGCCGACGCGGCGCUGGCGCUGCUGGUGGUGCCGCUCAACCUCUACGGCGGCCUGGCGCCGGGGGCGCCGCCCGAGGCCUACUGCCGGGCCGUGGCCUUCGUCACCUCCAGCGUCUUCGGCGCCGCGCUCUACUCGCUGGCCGGCGUCUCGCUCGAGCGCUACGUCGCCGUCGCCUUCCCGCUGCGCCACGCGCGCCUGCUGGGCCGGCGCCGCCUCGCGCUGCUGCUGGCGGGCGCCUGGCUGGGCCCCGCCCUGCUGCUGCUGCCCGUCGCCCUGCCCGGCCGCGCCGCCCUCCUGCGCGUGCGCUUCUCGGCCGCCGCGCUGCUCUGCGAGCCGGACUACGCCUCCAACGCCGCCUACGCCGGCCUGCUGGCCGCCGCCAUCUUCUGUCCCGCCGCGGCCACCGUCACCUUCGCCAACCUGCGCCUCUGGCAGGCGGCGCGCGCCCAGCGCCGGCGCGGCGAAGGGGCGGGGCUGGGGCGGCUCCGCCUGCUGCAGCUGGACGCCGCCUCCCGGGUCCUAGUGCCCGUCGUCGUCGCCUUCUACGUGUGCUGGGCGCCCUGCAUAGUCACCAUCCUGUACAACGCAAUCACGAAGGAUAGAGUCCACGAGUGGCUGGAGUUCGUGGCCCUGUGGCUGCCUAGCGGCAGUGGCUUUCUCAACUGCUUUGUCUACUUCUGGACCAACAGGAACUUCAGGCACAAGUUCCAGAAGAUCGGGCACAAGCUUUGUGGGCCCUGCAGCCGAGCCAAGUGGGAGCAGGACGUGCACAGGAUGGUCACCAUUAGUGCAGUGGUGGAGAGGAGCAGCAGCCAGCCUGCUCUCCUCCUGGACCGCUCCUGCAGUGGGUCUUCCACCAGCAUCUUACUGCCCAGAGAAGCACAAACUAGCUUAUAAGCUACUUUGACACCUUGUGUGUCUGGCUCUUUGUGGCCUGCAAGAUGUGUGAAUGCCUGGUUUUGUCAAGAGCCUGGACACUUGUGCAGCAGAAGGAGCUGCUGCUUCCUCCUGAGGCUGCUCUGGCUGUGGGAAAGAAAAUUGUGAAAAGUCACCAGAGGAGGUCAAGCAUUUUUCUGUGAGCUUCACCAAAUAGUGUCAGUGGAGAAAUAUACAAAGAGUGUUUGGGUUAAGGAGCCCUCUGUGGGAAGGGGUUUUGUGUGGGGAAACUGGUCACAGCAUGGACAUGAGCUUCUGCUGUGAAAGAAACAGGACAUCCAUUUGGAGCUAAGUGCCCUGAACCACCCCAGCCAGGGGCAGAGAAGAUAUAAAGUCCCUGCCACCCUACAGCCCCACACGCAACUACCCCUCUGAUCAGCGCAAUGUGACAAGGUCUCCCUCUAAGCCAAAGGGGACGUGGUUCUCUCACCAACAAGCCAGGUCACUCCAAAGUACCUGAUGGCUUGGCAAUAAUGGCUAGUGCCAGGUUUUCAGGAGACGGCUGUGUGAAGCUUAAGGGCUGAGGAGAAGGUGCGAGAUCCUGACUGCAAAAGGGACUGUCAAGCAGGCAUUGCGGUUCAUGCCCCAUGGCUAUUACACCUGAUGUGAUCACUUCUGAAACCUGCCCAAGGGCCUGCUGCACUGUUGCUCUGGCUGUAGACUUGCCUACCUCCAUUCACCAGGUUCAGCCUCCUGCUCUUUGCCAUCCCAGCUGGGUGAUCCUCCUUCCCUUCCCUUCCCCUCCUCUCCCCUCACUUCACGAGGACCCUGGGCAUAGAAGGACACAAACUCACUUGGGGGAAGGGUGGAAUACUUUUAUAUAAUUUCAAAGAGAACUGCAGCUUCUGGCGUGACACAGUCUGUCUGGUUUUAACACCUUUUUAUCUGCCAGCCUCUGCCAUCCAGAUGUUGGGGUUUUUAGAGCAGGUUUUAGUUAACUAAAUUCUCACCGUCCGUGUGUUUGAUCAUUCUGGACAAAGGACUCCAGGUCAUAGGGGUGGAACUUUAGGGAGCCUUUUGCUGACAGCAUUGAUUUUGGGUGCUCUCCUAAACUGUGUCCUGGUGCAAAGGAAGGAGCAGCAGGCUGAUGGGUAGCCUCACUCCUCCACUGUAUGGCUGGGGGUUUUGCUAGGCUGAAUGUCCCAUUCUGCUGGAGCUGCCUCCCUUGCACUUUGCUGGCCCGCUCCCCAGAAACAGGAGAGGAAAUUGGCAUUUUGUAAUUAGUUAACCAGACUUUUAAUGACUUGGGCUGGUAAUGGAGAAAGGUCGUCCUCCAUUCUCCUCUCACUUCUAGCCAGACCAGAGGAUUAAAUGAACAAACCCAGAAAGAUGAAGUGAGCAAACCGAACAUGUAGCAAUCUGGGAAGUGCAGCUGUGGUUAAGGCCUGCCCAGUUUCUUUGCUCUUUUGCAAGGUGAAUUCUUCCAGCUCCUGAAAUCUCCCCGUCCAGGAAAAGGCUGGGGUUUGUUCCUAUUGUCAAAAAAUAUUAAGUCUUAAAGUGAAUGUGUGAUGUCACAAGGAAAGCAGUAAGGCCGCAUUAGAGGAAAAUGGCCUCUGCUCUCCACUGUGACUUAAAUUAGGGAAUUAUUCUCUUACCAUUGGAUUGUAAAUAGCCAUUUUAUCUGUUCUCCCUCCCCAGGGUUGCUGCUGCUCUUCUCCCCUCCCGCCCCCUGUGAUUUAUACAUCAGGGACCAGGGGAAACUGCAUCAAAUUGAAAAAGUAUUUGUAACUGACUUGAUCAAGUGUAUAUGGUAGUGGAUUUGGAAAAAGCUUUACUGUGGAGUCUCUCCUGUCCUGUAUGCACCAAACCCUCUUUAAAUGCACACUGUAUUAUUUUUUAUUGCUGUCUAAUGUGUAUUUUAUCUCUUGGGUUUGGAGCUGUCUGUAGGGAGAUUCCCCUCCCCCUCAAUCUUUAAAUGUUCUAUUUCUGGAAAAUAAUAUUUAAUUACAAGGACUGUAAAUAAAAAAUAAAGAUUUAGUUAUUUAA